CUUUAUUCAGUUGUAUGAGUCUGAUUGGAACGAUCUCAUCUCUUCCCGCGCGCGACAAACUUUGAGUGAGAAAAAGUAUAAUGCGCCAAAAAUGUUACCUCUAUGCGAGGAUGUGUACAAGCUUAAUUCCUACCUAAAAGAAAAAAUCAAAGAACUUUUGAUGAAAUUGUCGAAUGAUUCAGCUUUCUACAUUGAGCUGGCAAAGAUGACGCUAUGUCACAUAACUCUCUUUAACAGGAAGCGUGGAGGCGAUGUGCAGCGUAUUACUGUAGACAAUUACAAGCAAGCUAUUGAAGCACAAAACAGUGUUCCCUACGAUGACGAACUUAAAUCAAGUUUGUCAGACGUGGAAAUUGAGCUUUGUCGUUCUUUGACUCGAAUUGAACUCAAAGGCAAACAGGAAAGAAAAGUUGCAAUAUUACUUACUCCAGAGAUGAUUAAAUGCAUUGAUCUCUUAAUGCAGAAAAGAAGUGAUGCAAAUGUAUGUGGAAAAUAUUUAUUUGCUAGACCAUCACCCUCCACACGAACACUAAGGGCAAGUGACGUAUUGAAUGAAAUAUGUGGGAAAAUAGAAUUGCGCUAUGGAAACAUUAUAACCUAUACAAACCUCAGAAAACACAUUGCCACAAUGGCACAAAUCCAUGAGCUUAGUGAAAACGGUCAGGAUCAGUUAGCCAAAUUCCUUGGCCAUGACAUAAGAGUCCACAGAGAAAUUUAUCGGCAACCAUUGGAUAUCAUUCAAAAAACAAAGAUCUCCAAGAUGUUGAUGCUAAUUAACGAGGGGAAAAAUGUCGCAGAGAUGCUCUUUAAUAAUCAGGAGGAGGUAAAGGAAAUUGACGGGUCCUGUGCUGAUGAGAGUGAUGGAGAAAUGGAUUACCAGACUGAUAAAGACAGUCUUCAUAAUAAAAGCGCUCAAGGGAAAAGGAAAGCACCCUCUGAUGGCAGAUCUACCGAUGAAAAUUCUGCAGGCAAACGUCACAAAACACAGAAAAAACCAUGGAAUCCAUCUGAAAUGAAUUCAGUCAACAAGCAUUUUUCCCAUUUUAUUGCAAUGUCCAAAGUUCCUGGCAAGAACGAUAUCGAGAAUGUUUUAAAAAAGGAUAAAAUCCUUUCCAAAAGAACUUGGAGAAAUGUGAAAGAUCAAGUGUACAACCUUAUAAAAAAACAAAGAAAAUGCUGAUUUUUUGUCUUUAUUUACUUUGAUAAUGAAGUAAUUACAAGUUCAUUAUAGCUUGUGGACAUCAAUUUUCAUAUAUUGUAUAAAGCACAGAAGUGUGAGGAUUAGCGAAUUUGUAGAAAAUACUCCAUGUAUAGCUUUACCAAUACAUACUGUUGUCAUGUUUGCUGCUGUGAUGAGCAUUCACCUUUGUAAAAUAACUAAGGAAUAAGGGCCAUGAUAACUUUAGCUGGAAUUGAUUAAUACAACUGUAAAACUAAUAUGGUUUUGUGUUUUUAGUUGACAUUAACUUGAAAUGACAAAAAAAAAAUUUUUUCAGAUAUUUUGGGUAUAGACCUUGAUUAAUUUUAGCAUUGUCAUUGAAAUACAGAGGGAUUGGAAUAAAUAUUACAGUGACUGGACAUGUAGUAUUAAUGAGCAAAUUGUGUACCGGUAUAUCUACCUUCAUUGUUGGUUGUAUGAAUGACUAUGGUUACAGUUAGUAUUUAUAUGAAUUAUACAAUAAUUGGUAAUUGAUUUGAUUUGAUGUUUGGAAAUAGAUUUUGACAAAUAUAUAAUGUACUAGAAAUUACGAAAAUAUUUAGUAACUUUGCAUACUGCAAAUUAUAUUAAUGAGCUAGAUUUGCUAUAUAAAAAUUAAUUGUACUGUUGAUGUGCAUUGAUGAUAGUUGUAUGAACAACAGAAUGUGUACUGUAUUCACAAGAAUUGUAGAUUUGUUGAAAUGUUUUAAUGAUAGAUAUAAGAAUUGGUUAUUUUAAUCAAAAUGUAGAGAAUAUGUUGUAUGUACAUGUAUAUAUAUAUAGUGUUUUACAAUUUCGGUUUUGGAGUGAACUGACAGCAUUAGUAAACUCUGAAUAAUUUGAAUUUGUAAAUUCACAAAUUGCACUGAUGAAAUGUUGGAGAAGUAGAUAUUGACAUAUUUCAUACUGUUGAAAUGAAUUACUUCAUUGUGGAUGUUGAGAGUUGACAAUGAUAUGAAUGAUGCAUCGUUUACAGCUAGUAUGCACAUGCACUAUACAUACGAGGUAUUUGAUUGUUUGGGAUGAUUUGGAGAUUUGGAAAUAAAUAAUUGGCUGAUUUUAAGUAUUGUAAUCAAUAUGCAGAGAAUGUUAAUUAACUGUUAAGUACGACAAUUUUAUCAAUGAUUUGUGUAUGAUCAAAUAGUAUAUUGUUUUACAUAGAAUUUGUUAAUUAAUAUGGAUGGAGAUGUUUUUUAAAAUUUAAACUUCUUACAGCAUUAAAUCCUAUGUUUAAGUGGAGUUUUAAACUGACAUGAAUGGAUUGAAAGUGUAUGAUAAAUGAUAACUAUAAUUGCAACUUUAAUUGCAAUUUUAUCAAUUGUAUGAAAAUAUUUGCCAAUAAAUUUUGAUUACUUAUA